AUGGCAACUGAUAUGAAAGCUGACACGAACCCCAGACCUCUUUCACUGUUACCAGCUACUUGGGUGCCAUACGCUCAGCUUAUGCGAAUGGAGAAACCAGCAGAUUACUUUGCAUUCUACUUUCCUCACAUUGCUGGCUUACUCUUAGCACAAUUUCAUGCUGCCAAUUUAUCUCUUCCACGCCCCAGCUUCGAGCAGCGCCUUGUUCCACAUUUGUACAUUUUAAGCGGAUGUCUAUUUCUGCGUGGUGCUGCAUGUACGUGGAACAAUUUUCUAGACGCCCCUUAUGAUCGACAAGUUGCACAAUGCAGACUGCGACCCAUUGCACGGAAUACUGUCAGUGGACCUGCAGCUUUGGUUUUCAUGGCCAUUCAAACAGUAUUAGGCGUGUUGACGAUCCUUGCGCCACUGCCUCAAGCGGUCCGCGCACCAGCGACCUUACUUUCCGCUACGCAGGUAGUGUAUCCUCUAUGUAAAAGAUUCACCGAUUAUCCACAGCUGUGGCUUGGUGCUUCAUUUGCCUUCGGAGUUGGUGUAGGCACCGGAGCAGGUGGCGUCGACCUUUUGGAGAUGUGUGGAAGAUUAGACGCACUGGCAAGUAACCUAAAAGACGACUUGAAAGCAGGAGCCAAAAGUUUAGCGGUGGCAUGGAGAAAUAACACCAAAAGGAACUGCGCAGUUUUGGCAGGAAUUGAGAUUGCUUUACUCGUAGCUACUAGCAUCCUCGGAAAGUUGACUACAAGCUUCAACAUAUUGGCGAUUGGCGGCACGAUAUUAGUGCUCAUCACGAUAUUGUACUCGGUCAAGCCCGAAGAUCCCGAAAGUUGCAUGUCAUAUUUUAAGUGGCUCAUCUGGGGAACUGGUGCCACUUUAUCUUUGAGGUUGUUAUCUGCUUGA